ACAAACUUAGUACACAUCGUUUUUAUUCACUAAGAAAUAUAACCAGAGAAAAAAACAUAUUAUAAAAAAGUUUACAAGAUUUAGACCUCAAAAUGAGUGAAACAUUACCAGUAAUUAAAGAAAACGAUAUUGUGUUGAUUUCAGAAAAUGGGUUAUGCCCAAGUUGUGGUUCUGGUUCUGUUACUUAUCUUGUUGUGAGUCGCACUAUAGACACGGGCAUCUUUCAUCCGUUGAUUAAUCUCUUAUUGUCUCGCAGAGAAGCGAUAUUAAUAUAUGAUGAUAAGGGAGAUUUUACGAAGACAUACCCUUCUUUUUAUUGUAAUGAUUGCCAACGACAAUUCAAUUUAAACUGGUCAAAAUCUUCUCUUGAAACGAUUUACCCUAUAGCAGCUUCCCUAUGCAAAGAGAAAAAAAAAGCCGAUCCUUCUUCUACCACUGUUUCAAAAAAAACAUCAAAAAGCAAUGAUCUACCGGAUUCCUCUAAUAAAAAUUCUUCGGACACACAAAUUUUGGAAUUACAAGAAAUUUUUUCUUCAAAUGGACACUGCCCUUAUUGCCACCAUCCACAUUCCACUUUUCUAGUUCCUCUUUCUCAAAAAGAUAGUCUCACUCCACUGACUAAUUUAUUAUUAAAAGGCGGAUUUGCGCGAUGGGUUUAUACUAAGGAAAAAGAAUCUUUGCGGUAUCAAUUUCAAUGUAAUAAUUGCCAUUAUGGGUUUAAUGUGGACUUUGCUAAAACUCGUCUUGAAGAUGUUUUUCAUGUGCUUAACGCUGAUUCGGAAGAUCCAUCUUUUGCUCCGGAUGUAAUUCCUCCUUCAGAAGGUAUAUUUCCGGGUCUUUCGGAACUUUCGGGAUCUGCAAAUAAAGAUGAGAUCGUUCACUCGCUUCCUUCCAAGGAAGAUCCAGCUUACACUGAUUAUAUUGUUAGAGGCCAAUUCAAUUCUCUAUACGGGAAGUUUCAGCGUUAUUCCUCAGCUCAACAUUUUGAAAGCCGCGGUUUGCCAGAAGACCACGAGCUCAGACAAUUGGCUUAUUACUUCGACGUGAAUACUUUGCAAUCUCGAGAGGUUCAGAAUCCUCCAAAACCGAAAUUAACCAAAAAGCAAAUAGAAAUGUUUAAGAAGAACAAGUUAGCAAAGAAGCGAAGAAAUUUAUUAAAUUGGCUUAAUAAUGAUUAA